AUGGCUUCGGAAUUGAAGCGCAAGAGAGGUCCAGUGGGGGUCCAGGCCGCCCCCAAACGUGCGAAAUCCGUCAAGAGCCCCGUUGCGAAACCUCUGCAAAAACUCGGUUUAGAUAACGUUGGCUGGGACGCUGCUUUCAAUCCCCCAACUAAGGGGAAAGAGUUGGUAGCUACGAAUGGUGUUAAUGGACAUGCCGCGGAGGGACAAAAGGAUCCAGAUUCUGCGGAACCGCUUGAUUACGAUGUUUUGGAGCAGCAGGAAUUGGUUAAAAAUAAGAAUCUGGCAGAAUAUGGAGCUCCGACGCUUCCAAAGCCCAUCAGCAAGACAUGGAAAUUAUCGGAGUCUAUAGGAGGCCGGAUGAUAGACGUGGAACCGGUCUUCUCUGUAGAUGAGAAGUAUAUCGUCGUUGCAAGCGCUAAAGCCGUCCAUGUCUACUCCACCUCCACUUCCCUUCUGACCCGGACAAUUAAACUCAAAAUCGACGAAUCUCGCCCUGACUCUCGAAUCAUCACAUACUGCCUGUCACCCACAGAGUCCGAUAUAGUCUGGGUCGCCUGCUCGAAUGGCUGCAUCUACCGGAUAGACUGGACGUCAGGGGCGGGCUCGGAGCAAUGGUGGGGUAUCUCUUCCACAGGAUGUAUAUGGAUGACCGUAGCAUCCAUGGAAUCGGCUGGACGACGAAGAGAUGUUGUAUUUACGACUGAGAGCCGAAAGGACGGAGGCUGGCGGGUAACUGCCAACGAAUUGGCUCCUCCCGAUGGCCCAAUCCAGACGGUUGCGAAAACAAUAUACACAUCAAACGGCCAUAUAUCCUUUUUGAAAACUGCCAACGAAGGUGCUAUUAUUGCCGGAGCGGCUGGAAACAAGGUUCUACUGGGCCGACUUAGGUCAACCGAGUACGACACCAUCGACAAGAUCAAAUACGAAUUCCGGAUAUUCGAAACUGCUGUUCCUGUCUCGGCCCUCGACUUGAGGGUGUCUGAUAGGACCGGUACGGAGAAUCUCAAGAAGUCCAUCUUGAAGAAGACGCCGAUUGUUGAUGUCGUCGUUGGGGAUGUUCGGGGUUCUAUAUUCCUGCACAACGACUUACUUGCGAAUCUCAUCCGAUCCCAGGAUGGCACACUUCCACAAGGAAUAAGUCUUACACCAAGGAAGCUUCAUUGGCAUAGACAGGCGGUUAAUACUGUCAAGUGGUCUCUAGAUGGUAACUACGUUAUUUCUGGUGGUUCCGAGACCGUCUUGGUGCUAUGGCAACUGGAAACCGGAAAGCUACAAUUCUUGCCGCAUUUAUCUGCCACCAUCCAAAAUGUUGUUAUUUCUCCUUCAGGAGCGUCGUAUGGUAUCCAGCUUGCCGAUAAUUCAGCCAUGGUUCUAUCAACUGCAGAGCUACAACCGACCACCAACAUCGCAGGCAUCCAAGCAAGUGUUCUUGCCACUGACGAGACAACCGAAUCAGAUAUCCUGAGAGUCCGCGAGGAAGCUUGGGAGCAGCCUCUGGUCCAACGUACUCCCGCCAUUAUCAACCCUGCGGACCCUUCGAAAUUACUACUUGCCGUUGGACAGACUCAAGAAAUCAACACUGAAGAGCCUCUCGUUCAAGGUUGCCCUUUCCUGCAAACCUUUGAUCUCGGAUCUGGUCACAAUAUAUCUCGCCAGGCAUUAACAAGAUCACAUACAACCAACCUAAACGCAACUCCAAGUGCCCACCGUGUCUCUGAACCAAGGAUCACACACAUGAAGGUAUCUCACGAUGGGAAUUGGUUGGCCACGGUUGACGAAUGGAAUCCACCAGCGCGAGAUUUGGCGUUUCUGGGACCGCAGGAUAAAACCGACCGGCUACGGAGACGUGAGGUGUUCCUUAAGUUUUGGGAAUGGAGCUCUGAAAGUGAUACUUGGCAGCUUGUAUCGCGCAUUGAUGCUCCCCAUCUCGCAAGUCCAAAUUCAUCCAUUGCCAGCCGAGUCUUGGAUCUUGCUGCAGACCCUGACACGUUGCGGUUCUCUACGAUUGGGGAGGAUAAUAUUGUUUGCAUUUGGUCCCCGAAGACGCGGAAGAGGGAGGGUGUUAUAGUGCGCGGAGAGAAGGGGCAGGCACUACGCAGUUGGAAUUGCCAAUAUGCCGUUCCACUCGAGAAACUAGAGCUGGUUGAAUCUGGCAGCGUUGACACACUUCCCGCCAGUGGUGCUAUCGCCUUCUCAGACGAUGGCUCUGUUCUAGCUGCUGUUUGUACUCAGAGCGGUCUGGUCCAUCUUUUGAACCCAGACUCAGGCGUAAUCCGUCAAUCUCGGCCUGGGUUAUUCAAGGGCCAAAUCAUGAAACUUGACUUCCUAGGACAAGACUUGAUCGCCCUUUCUGAUGAGUUACUCGUCUAUGACCUCGUUGCGGAUGAGGAACGCUUCCGAAUCAGACUGGACGACCGCAUAAUCGGUCUCUCCGAGGCCCAGAAGCGGGAAAUGGCGCAUCUGGCUGUUGACAAAAAGAGCCAGACCUUUGCGAUCGCCCUCCCGGUUCGAAUUCGAGGCGUCAAGGGGAAUGCUUUGAAACAUCGACAAUCGGAGCUUUUCAUCUUCCAUCAAAAUGAGGCGCAGCCACAACUUGAAGAGAUGCUUCCAUCGGUGAUCACAGCAUUGUUACCAGCUGUGGACUCCGACGGCUUCCUUGUUCUCGAUGCCGCAGCUGAUGUUCGAAGUAUCCACAAGAAGGGAAGCCAGGUAAUCACCAGACUGGCGCAGUCGACGUCUGCACAGCAAUUGGAAGCAGAGUCAGCAGAACCUGCAGGAGAACUGGUACCUGUCACCGAGGAGGCCGAUGAAGACGAAGAGAUGGAGGAACUGAUUCCCAGUGUCACACUGGAUGAGAAAGACGAAGAUGAUGACGAAACGCCUGUUGUACCCCAUCAAAAGCUGUCAGAGAUCUUUGACAUUGGGCCCGCUUUUGCGCUCCCGCCUCUGGAAGAGAUGUUCUACCAAGUUGCCGGCCUCUACUCUAGCAAGCCGCUUGUACAGAGUGUGCAAUGA